CUGAAGUGACUCCCCCCCCUCAUUACUACUGAGCUCUCUCAUCCCAUUACACUGCAAGCAGAGAGCGAGCCUUUUGAACUCUUUUAAACUUUCUAAUUAACUUUUAAAACGUAUUUUAGUUUAGUUUGAGAAACAUGUUUUGGUCACUCCUGUGCGUAAUCGUAGCAUUUGCGUCUGCAGACGCGCAAAUUUCUAGCCGGUAUGUUAUCGGAUGUCCUGCCCGGUGUGACAAGUCGAUGUGUCCUCGGCUACCAGCGGACUGCCAGGCGGGAAAAAGCCUCGACGCCUGCAACUGCUGUCCGGUGUGCGCGUCCGGCGAGGGCGAAGCUUGCGGCGGCAUGGGGAAGCUAGGGGACCCGGUGUGCGGAGAGGGGCUGGAGUGCUCGGUUCCUGGCGGCGUGGCAUACACUAUCACGGUGAGGAGGAGAAGCAAGAUUGGGACUUGCGUGUGCAAAGCCACCGACCCGGUUUGUGGAAGCGAUGGGGUGUCCUACCGGAACAUCUGCGAGCUGAAGAGGGUAAGCCGCCGGGCGCAGAAGCUGCAGCAGCCACCUGUUCUUUUCAUUCAGCGGGGAGCCUGCGGGAAAGCUCAGGACAACCCAGACAGCCCAAGACACAAAUACAACUUCAUCGCCGACGUGGUGGAGAGAAUUGCUCCGUCUGUGGUUCACAUUGAACUUUACCGCAAGAUGACCUAUUCCAAGCGGGAAGUGGCAGUGGCCAGUGGCUCUGGCUUUGUUGUGGCAGAAGAUGGCCAGAUUGUGACCAAUGCCCACGUUGUGGCCAAUAAGCACCGGGUGAAAGUGGAGCUGAAGAGCGGCGGCUUCUAUGAUGCCAAAAUCAAAGACGUGGACGAGAAAUCGGACAUCGCCCUCAUCAAGAUCGAUGCACCGACCAAGCUUCCUGUAUUGUUGCUGGGCCGUUCAUCAGACCUGAGACCAGGGGAGUUUGUGGUUGCUAUCGGCAGCCCGUUUUCCCUCCAAAACACAGUUACUACGGGAAUCGUCAGCACCACUCAGCGAGGGGGCAGAGAGCUGGGCCUUCGCAACUCUGACAUGGAGUACAUACAGACUGAUGCCAUCAUAAAUUACGGCAACUCCGGAGGACCUCUAGUAAAUCUGGAUGGAGAGGUGAUUGGGAUCAACACGUUGAAAGUGACGGCUGGCAUCUCCUUUGCCAUACCCUCAGACAAAAUUCGAGAGUUCCUGGCAGAGUCCUACGACAGGCAGUCCAGAGGGAGAGCAGCUACUAAGAAGAAGUAUAUUGGUGUGAGGAUGAUGACUCUCACUCCAGCGCUGGCCAAAGAGCUGAAGACUCGACUCCGUGACUUCCCUGACAUCACCUCUGGAGCUUAUGUUAUGGAGGUCAUUGCAAAGACGCCAGCUGCAACUGCUGGACUCAAAGAGCACGACGUCAUCAUCUCGAUCAACGGCCAGAGGAUCUUAUCAGCGAAUGAUGUCAGUGCUGCCAUCAAGCGGGAGGGCACUUUGAAAGUAGUUGUGCGCCGUGGAAAUGAAGACGCUAUCCUCACAGUUGUUCCCAUGGAGAUUGACCCUUGA